AUGAUGACCCUUGUAAGCCUUUGUCGAACCCUCCUGCUCUGUGCCGCCUUUACAGCCUGUGUUGAAGCACAGUCAUUUCUUACGGCUAUCUCCCAGUUUCCAGAGCUAUCGAAUUUUACCACUCUUAUGUAUGAUAACCCAGGACUUGCAGGGGCGCUGUUGACCUCCAAUGCCACUUCUCUGACCCAGAUCACGGUCCUGGUGCCGGACAACUCUGCUUUCGACAAGCUCGAAGCGCAAUUGGGUGCCCCAGUUGGUAGCUUGACUGUCGAGCAACUCGAGCCCAUUCUCCAGUAUCUCGUCUUGGUGGGUGAGUGGACGACAGACAACUUCAUCGUGCAGAAUGGGACCACUGUGCCGACUCUUCUGAACGGUCCCAUGUACAAUAAUCGCUCUGCCGGCCCCGCCCUUGGCUCAAGCGGAGCUCCCAAUGAUCCUCACAAUGGCCAAGUCGUCUUCAUCCAAGCGUCUAACUCAAAUCCCACGUCAUCUAAGCGCUUUAUCGUUCGUCAGCUACCUCAGCCUACAGCAACAGUGCAAGGUGGGCUUGGCCAGCAGAUCAACUUGACUGCGAUUGACGGAUAUUGGGACGGCGGUGUGUUUCAGAUAGUGGACCAAUUCCUGGAUCUUCCUCUCAAUUGCUCCCAGACAAUUAGCAUAUGGAACCAGACCACCUUUGCGGAUGGGUUAAGGCGCACAGGCAUUGGACCGGCUGUUGACAUCACCCAAAACGUCACCUGUCUUGUCCCGACCAACGAAGCCUUCGUGCAAGCGAGCCCCGGCGAAUUCGGCUACAACAUCACUGAUCUGGCAGAGCUCAUCCUAUUCCACACCAUCGACGAACCGCUGUACACGAAUUUCUUGGCUGAUGGCCAGGAGUAUACGUCGUUUUCGAACCAAACUGUCCGGAUUUCAAUUAUAGACGGGUCCAUCUUUGUCAACGACGCAAAGCUGAUCGUCACAAAUAUCAUGUAA